AAGUAUCGAAUAAAAAGAUAUUUGUUGUGUGCUAAACUUGUUACUUAAUAUAAGUAAACUGAACCAAAAUGCUAACCCGCGUCUUUCGAUUGGUUCAUGACAAUCGUCUGAGUGUGCCUGUCCUUCGCUGCUUCCACCACGAGUUUUCCAAACCGCCUCAAGAGCCCGCAAAGACCCAGGAAAGUAAAGUUAAUCAUGGUCAAAAUUUGGUUGCCGGCGUGCAGGACAAGUACAAAAUAUUCCGGGACGAGGAAGCCACGGAGAUUUUCGAUGUGGAGGAGGCACGCCACCAAGAGCAGCAGAUUUCAGACGAUUCCGAACUGGAUCAGGAUCUCUAUAAUGGCUUGAAUUUAAAGCGUGGUGUUCGCGGUGUGUUCGAUGUUGAGGAUUUAGUAGAGUUGCUGCGCAAGGAGAAUGUCGACGAUAUAUUCGUCUGCUAUGUGCCAGAGAACCUGAAAUACGUGGACCAUUUGGUAGUUUGCAGUGGUCGCAGCUACCGGCACAUGCUAUCCACGGCGGAGUUUGUUCGUCGCAUGUUCAAGAUCAAGCGGUCCAAGGGCGAUAUUCUACCUCGCAUCGAGGGCGGUACGAGCCGGGACUGGAUGGCAAUGGAUUUGGGUAACAUUGCUUUGCAUAUAUUUUCACCGAGUGCUCGGGAGGAAUACGAUCUGGAGUCACUUUGGGCAAUUGGCUCCCAAUAUGAUCGCGAGAGUCAAAAGCCACACAAUCCCUAUGGAGAUAUUUUCAUGGCCCAAACACCCUUUUCUGAUGUGGAAAACUCGAAAGUAGAGUGAAAUAUUAUUGUUUUAAUAGUUUAAAAUAUAUGUAAAUAUACAAAAAUUUUACCGCUCCACUAAAGCCAGACUGUUAUGCGGCAGUUCUGAGGACUGACAAA